GCAGCCAGCCGGGGCCGGGAGCCGGGCGGCCGCAUGUGCGAAGUGGGAACCCGGCCGCCGCUGGCCGCCGAACGCGGGGAGCCGCCCGGGGGGGCCGCCGCCUCCGAGAGGUGCCGAGACAUGGGAGAACAGCCCAUCUUCACCACCAGAGCCCAUGUCUUCCAAAUUGACCCCAGCACGAAGAAGAACUGGGUUCCCGCAAGCAAGCAGGCUGUAACUGUUUCCUACUUCUAUGACAGCACGAGAAACAGCUAUCGGAUUAUCAGUGUGGAUGGAGCCAAGGUGAUCAUAAACAGCACAAUCACCCCCAACAUGACCUUCACCAAAACCUCGCAGAAGUUCGGCCAGUGGGCAGACAGCAGAGCCAACACUGUGUUUGGGUUGGGCUUUCCCUCUGAGCAGCAGCUGUCCAAGUUUGCAGAGAAAUUCCAAGAAGUGAAAGAGGCUGCCAAGCUAGCAAGAGACAGAUCUCAAGAGAAAAUUGAGACCUCAAGCAAUCAUUCACAGGAGUCCGGGCGUGAAACACCAUCUUCCACCCGAGCAUCAAGUGUGAACGGGACAGAUGAUGAGAAGGCAUCCCACGGUGGUUCUGCUGAGGCACAGCUCAAGUCUGAGAAUGAUAAACUCAAAAUUGCUCUAGCCCAAAGUUCCUCCAACGUAAAGAAAUGGGAGACGGAGCUGCAGACGCUGAGGGAGAGCAACGCCCGUCUGACCACAGCGCUGCAGGAGUCGGCUGCCAGCAUAGAGCACUGGAAGAAGCAGUUCUCAGCCUGCAAGGAGGAGAACGACCAGCUCAGAAGCAAGAUUGAAGAACUGGAGGAGCAGUGCAAUGAAAUAAAUAAAGAGAAGGAAAGAAACGCACAGCUGAGCAGGCGUCUCCAGGAGCUGGAAACAGAGCUUCAAGACAAAGAGCUGGAACUGGAAGAGCUCCGAAAGCAGGGUGAAGUCAUACCACAGCUCAUGUCAGAAUGUGAAUCUGUAUCUCAACAAUUACAGGAUGCUGAGAAUAAGAACAAAGAUCUUGAAGAGAAAGUCAGAACACUAAGGACAGAAGUGGAAGAGAGCAAACACAGGCAGACCAACCUUAAAACUGAAUUAAAGAAUUUUUUAGAUGUACUAGAUGGGAAGAUAGAUGAAUUACACGAUUUCCGACAAGGACUGUCUAAACUUGGAGUUGACAACUAGAUGGCAAUAGAUUUUUGUAAUCUAGGGUCUGGAUGUUUGAUGUUUUGUUGAUCCCAACCAUGUGUUUUACAAAAUAUAACUAGAAUGUUCCACCUG